CCCCGAGAUGCUCACCCUCCUCGCCGCCCUGCGUCAAAAAGUCGCAAUCGGCUACGUCGGCGGAUCAGACCUAGCCAAACAACAAGAGCAACUCGGCACCAGCGAAGUCCCCGUAACGACCAUGUUCGACUUCUGCUUCGCGGAGAACGGGUUGACGGCCUACAAGAUGGGCGUCCCGCUCGCCUCGCACUCGUUCAUUAAGUGGCUCGGCGAGGAGAAGUACAAGCAGCUGGUCAAGUUCAUCUUGCACUACGUUGCGGACCUGGAUAUCCCCGUGAAGAGGGGCACGUUUGUGGAGUUUCGGAAUGGGAUGAUUAAUGUUAGUCCGGUUGGGAGGAAUGCGAGCGUGCAGGAGAGAAACGAUUUCAAUGCCUAUGAUGCCGAGCAUAAGAUCCGGGAGACGUUCGUGGCUAUUCUGAGGGAGAAGUUUGCGGAUCUGGGAUUGACAUACUCGAUUGGUGGCCAGAUAUCGUUCGAUGUCUUUCCUACUGGAUGGGAUAAGACUUAUUGUCUGCAGCACUUGGAGAACGAGGCUAAGAAGCCGGGUGGAAUUCAAUACACUACUAUCCACUUCUUUGGCGACAAGACGCACAAGGAUGGCAAUGACUACGAGAUCUACUCAGAUCCUAGGACGAUUGGUCACUCUGUUUUGAACCCAGACGAUACAUAUCAACAAGUGAAGAAGCUCUUUGAUCUGUGACUCCCAAGUCAUGGAGGGGAUUGGAGUAUGCUUUGAUAGGACUGUUCACUUCGAGUUUGAGCGAAUGUGCAUAUGCUAGCUUUGAUUCGGUUUAUAUCAUAUUUCUUCUCUUCGCUGUGUGGGAGAUAGAGGAAAACAAAAAUAAUAUUCAAACGCUCCC